ACGUGGUACGAUUGUCUUUGUUGAUAUUUUGAUUUAAGUCAGCUGACGAGGUGAUUUUAAAAUGUGACAAAAUUAAAUAACAACUAGUUACAAUAUUUAAUUAAAUAGUUUAGUAAAAUAUGGACGAAAUACGGUAUGGUCCUCCGUUAAAACUAUACGAUUUAUGUAUAAACGCCGCGAUUGUGGAUUCGACGCCAGCAUGUAUUUUGUGGAGCAAGGAUUUUAGACUACUGCCAUCCACAACUCUCUUGGAUUUUUAUGAAAGGCUAUUCCAAGAAAGAAGGUUAUGUGUUCUAACGAUAGAAUUUAAAGAAUUAGACGUAUUCUCUCGAUUACUGCACGUUAAAGGCAAAAGAUCAUUCCUUUUAAGAUGCUACCAAACAAUAUUAAAUCACGGCUCAAAUAUUUCCACAACUUUAGUAAAUACCUUUACGCAAUACAUCAAGUUACAAAGCAGACCCGACAAAAUCCUCAUCGAUAUGGGAUUGAGAAUAGGUAGUUUCCUAUGCGACGGUGGAUGGUUUGUUUACAGUCUUAUAUUUCUAACUCUCACUGCCACUUUAAUUUUAAAACUAGAGGAAUCUAAGGAGAUGCUUAAGAAUCUUUUAGAAUGUUAUAAGUUGAAAAUCUAUGCAGAAUCCCUUUACUGUAAGUUCAAUACAGCCAAGUCGACGAUGAAAGCUGCCCAGGAUGUUGUGAAAAAGCUGGAGGACUUGGAAUCGGUUCCUAAUUUAGCAGUGCUCUAUUCGAAUUUUUCUGCGUUCUAUUUUCUUUGCAGCGAAUAUGAUGAGUCAUACAAAUGGGCACAAAAAUCUGUAUCAUUGUUAACAAACGAUCUCCCGAAAAGGGAUGUCAUCGAAGUAUUGAGACAAGCCUCGAAAUCGUGCGUGGUGAAAAGAGAAUUUCUUCAAAGCGGUCUGCUCAUUCGUCAGGCCAUGAACCUAGGCGAAAUUCUGCACGGCAAGGACCAGUUGCCUACCUUCUCUAACGUGCUGGCCGACUACGGAUUUUAUCUGCUGUAUUCGGACGCAAUGGCGGAAAGUAUGCAGGCGUACGAAAGAGCUUUGAAUUAUCGCUUGCAUAUUUUCGAGAGGAACAAUAUUUAUAUUGCGCUAGCCCACGAGGAUUUCGCCUACGUCCUCUACGUUACCGAAUAUAGUUCUGGACGGUUUAAAACUGCCGAGGAACACGCAGAAACAUCUAUAUCCAUGAUGGAAAAACUCCUUCCCAAAGACCACUUAAUGUUGGCCUCGGCCAAGCGUGUUAAAGCCCUGAUUCUAGAGGAAAUAGCCUUAGACGAAAGAACCGACGAGUUGAAGAAAGGUCUCCUUGAAGCCGCCGAAAUGCUCCACAUCGCAGCCUUGAAACUUAGUAGAGAUAAUUUCGGAGAAAAGAACGUCCAAACAGCCAAACACUACGGGAAUUUAGGAAGGUUAUACCAAAGCAUGAGACAGUACGAUGAGGCCGAAAAAAUGCACCUUCGAGCUAUUAAGAUUAAGGAAGAACUCCUCGGUCCUGACGAUUACGAAGUGGGGUUAAGUAUAGGACAUUUGGCAUCGUUGUACAACUACCACAUGAAGGAAUACAAGGAAGCGGAGACACUGUACUUGAGAUCGAUAGAUAUCAACGUAAAACUGUUCGGCACGGCGUAUUCAGGGUUAGAAUACGAUUACAGAGGCUUAUCGCACGUUUACAACAAGCUGUCAGACCAUCAAAAGUCAAUAGAAUACAACAGGAAGAUGAGAGAAUGGAAAAAUCUUAGAGAGAAAGUCUCCACUGUGAAAUACAAAGAACCUCUGUUAUCUCCUGAAGAAAUAUCCACUAAAUUCUUUGCUUUUGCUCGAAACGGAAACAAGAAUUUUGACAAGAACGACAGAUAUGUCAGUAAUAGUGAAACGGAUAAAAACAGUCAGACUAUAUCGCAGAAAACUAUGGAAAGUUUGAGUGAUCUAACAAAAAAUAGUCAAGUAAAAAGUGGAAGUGAAUAAUAAUAAGAAAUACGUAAAAAAUGCUUUGAUUUACAACAGGCUGUCCAAUAAUUUUAAGGUUAAAAAAAAUGAUUUUAAAAAUAAUAAACAUUUCAGGCUCUUUUUAUAACUGAUAACUAAAUGCGGUCGCUCAAUUUCAGUGUUGAUAAUUUUUAACGCCUUAUUUGUAUUAAUACGGUUUUUCCUUAAAUCUACUGAAGAAACCGGAAAGCUGACAACGCUGCGACGUUCGUUUAUUCCAGUUGAGCUCUGCUGUCAAACGUUCAUUGCCUUCUCGAUUUAAAAAUAAAUAAUCUUUUGAUCAGUUUAUGUGCUAUUUAUAAAUCUAUUUAUUUUUAAUAUAUUAAUGUCUUUGAUGUAUUCAAAAAUUAACUUUUUUUUAAAUAUUUGUAAUUAGUAUUUUAAUUAUGUCAACAAAGAAUUUAGGUGCUUUUAGAUAAUGUCUUGAAAUGUAAUUAAUUAAUUGUAAAUAAAUCAACUUAUUUGUA